AUGAGUUACUGGAGUCUGGAUAAGAAGAGCUGCCUGCAGUACUGCCGGCACUUCCUGGUGGACAACGGGGUGUUCCACGUUGAAAGAUGCAUGAGUGUUAUGCAGUCUGGGACUCAGAUGGUUAAGCUGAAGAGUGGAACCAAAGGGCUAGUUCGUCUCUUCUACCUGGAUGAGCACAGGACCUGCAUCCGCUGGAGGCCCUCCCGGAAAAGCGAGAAGGCGAAAAUUGUCAUUGAUUCCAUCUACAAAGUGACGGAAGGCCGGCAGUCUGAGAUCUUCCACCGCCACGCAGAGGGGAGCUUUGACCCCAGCUGCUGCUUCACCAUUUACCAUGGCAACCACAUGGAGUCCCUGGAUCUCAUUACCUCGAACCCAGAGGAAGCUCGCACCUGGAUCACAGGUCUGAAAUACUUGAUGGCUGGAAUAAGUGAUGAGGACUCGCUCGCUAAGCGGCAGAGAACACACGAUCACUGGGUGAAACAGACCUUUGAGGAGGCUGACAAGAAUGGGGAUGGCCUGCUGAAUAUUGAAGAGAUCCACCAGCUGAUGCACAAACUGAACGUUAACCUGCCCCGCAGGAAGGUCCGGCAGAUGUUCCAGGAAGCAGACACAGAUGAGAACCAAGGAACCUUAAAUUUUGAAGAAUUUUCAGUGUUUUACAAGAUGAUGUCCUUACGUCGAGAUCUCUACUUGCUGCUUUUAAGCUACAGUGACAAGAAGGAUCACCUCACUGUUGAAGAACUUGCUCAGUUUCUAAAGGUGGAACAGAAGAUGAACAACGUGACACCAGAAUAUUGUCUCGACAUCAUACAGAAGUUUGAGGUAUCAGAAGAAAACAAGAGGCAAAAUGUUCUUGGGAUUGAAGGUUUCACCAACUUCAUGCGCAGCCCUGCCUGUGAUGUGUUCAACCCCUUGCACUGUGAGGUGCACCAGGACAUGGAUCAGCCCCUGUGCAACUACUUCAUUGCCUCAUCUCACAACACGUACCUGACAGGAGACCAGCUGCUGUCCCAGUCCAGGGUGGAGAUGUAUGCCCGGGUGCUGCAGGAUGGCUGCCGGUGCAUUGAAGUGGACUGCUGGGAUGGUCCAGAUGGAGAGCCAGUAGUGCACCAUGGCUACACUCUUACUUCUAAAAUACUCUUCCGUGAUGUGGCAGAAACUAUCAAUAAAUAUGCCUUCAUCAAGAAUGAGUUUCCAGUGAUACUGUCCAUUGAAAACCACUGCAGUGUCCAGCAGCAAAAGAAGAUUGCUCAGUACUUGAAGGAGAUACUUGGUGACAAACUGGACUUGUCAUCAGUCAUCACUGGAGAUUCCACACAGCUCCCCAGCCCUCAAAAUUUGAAAGGGAAAAUCCUAGUGAAGGGUAAAAAGUUACCAUACAGUCUUGGAGCAGAUGCUGAGGAAGGAGAAGUUUCAGAUGAGGACAGUGCUGAUGAGAUUGAAGAUGACUGCAAAUUAAAGCCCUGCUAUAGUAAUGGUGCAACUGAGCACCAGGUGGAAUCUUUUAUAAGAACAAAACUGGAAUCUCUGCUAAAAGAAUCCCAAAUCAGGGACAAAGAGGAUCCUGACAGCUUCACUGUGAGAGCACUGCUAAAGGCAACCCAUGAGGGUUUAAAUCUUAACCUGAAACAGAACCUGGACACAAAAGAAAGUGGGAAGAAGCCACAUGGUCGGUCGUUAAUGAGCAACUUUGGUAAACACAAAAAAGCUGUGAAGGCAACAUCCAAAUACCAUAGUGCAUCAGAUGAUGAAGAAAGCCAGCAAAACUCCUCUGGGAAGGAAACGGGGCAGCUCCACAGGCUGGCUCGUCGGAGGAAAACAGUGAAGCUGUGCAGGGCUCUAUCUGACCUCGUGGUGUACACCAACUCUGUGGCAGCCCAGGACAUAGUGGAUGAUGGAUCAACGGGGAACGUGCUGUCCUUCAGUGAGAGCAGAGCCCACCAAGCAGUGCAGCAGAAGGCUGAGCAGUUCAUGCUCUACAACCAGAAGCAGCUGACACGGAUCUACCCCUCAGCCUAUCGAAUCGACUCCAGCAACUUCAAUCCCUUGCCUUACUGGAAUGUUGGCUGCCAGUUGGUGGCACUGAACUACCAAUCUGAGGGACGUGUGAUGCAAUUAAAUGAUGCAAAAUUUAGGGUAAAUGGCAACUGUGGUUAUGUCCUCAAACCUCAGCAGAUGUGCAAAGGCACCUUCAACCCCUACUCUGCUGAUCCGCUUCCUGCCAGUCCUAAAAAGCAGCUUAUUCUGAAAAUCAUCAGUGGGCAGCAGCUACCUAAGCCUCCUGACUCAAUGUUAGGGGACAGAGGAGAGAUAAUAGAUCCCUUUGUUGAGGUGGAAAUUAUUGGGUUACCCGUUGACUGCUGUAAAGAUCAAACCAGGGUGGUUGACGACAAUGGGUUUAAUCCUGUUUGGGAGGAGACACUCACUUUUACUAUCCACAUGCCUGAAAUAGCUCUGGUGCGAUUUCUUGUUUGGGACCAUGACCCUAUUGGACGAGAUUUUGUUGGGCAAAGAACUCUGGCCUUCAGCAGCAUUGUGCCUGGUUAUCGUCAUGUGUAUCUGGAAGGGCUGACAGAAGCAUCCAUAUUUGUUCACAUAACCAUUAAUGAGAUCUAUGGAAAGAACAAGCAGCUGAUGGGACUCAGAGGGUUGUUUAACAAGAACCCCAAGCACAGCCCUGCCGAGAGCAGCGGGCACUACGUACGGAAACGAUCCAUCGGCGACCGCCUCCUGCGCCGCACGGCCAGCGCGCCGGCCAAGGGUCGGAAGAAAAGUAAGAUGGGCUUCUUGGAAGCUGCUGAGAUGAGGGACAGUGCCUCGGAGCCAGCAGACCUGAGAGACAAGGAGGGAGUUGUUAGGCGCUCGAGCCGGAGCUUGCAAGCGCGUCCUGUUUCCAUGCCUGUGGACAAAUACCUUCUUGUAGGGCUGCCGUGCCCGGAAGGUGAAAGUGCCCAGGAUGCCAAAGGACAAGAAAACACAUCUGCCAACAGUGAUGACAAUAUAAAUGAGAAGGAAACAAACUUGAAAGAAUCUGGUUUUCUGUGUUCUGGGAAAACGGCAAAUACUUCAUAUCUGACAUCUCAGUUUGAGAAGGAGAGUGACCAGAAGGAGACUACAGCUCACCCUUUGGUACCACCUCUACAGGAGCAACCUGGACAUCUAUUUUUCACAAGUGGUGUAGCUGAAACAAAUCAGGAGAACAGUCUUUCUGAUGAAACUGUCCCUCUAGUGCAGGACUCUGAUUUUGAUCUUUCCACAGAAAAACCACAUGACAAAAACUGCACCGACAACAAAAAGGAAGAUGGCACAAAAGGGUCUAAGGAGGACAAAAUAGCCCUUCUGGGGACUUCCCUUUCUCAAAAAGUAGAGAUGGGAAAUCAGAGCUAUGCCACCCUCAAGAAAAGCCCUGCAGCACCUCUUCCUUUGGCAGACACAUCGUCUGCCCUUAGCCCUGACCUUCCUCAUGUGCCCUGCGCUUCAGCUGCGCAUGACAGCGACAUUUCCCGCCUGAUCGAUGAGGUUUCCCUAGCAAGUGAGAGUGAGCUGGACAGUGCUGUCUCAGCUCUAAUUGGGCAAUUGGACAUCACAGAUGACCAACCUGAUCUCACUGUGGUCUCCAGCCUCCACGGUGCUGGCAGCCAGACCCUUGGGAUGAUGGCUGCACACCCGCACCUGCUUUCUACAGAUCUCAGCAGUUCCUGUAAGCCCAUCUUUACAGCCACCCAAGCCACCAAAUCCCCUUUAUUCUCCACUCCAGACACCACCAUGUUCUCCAGCCCUGAGACUACAGAGUAUUCUGUGUACACAAUCAUCCGUGAGGCAACUCUUACACCAGCUUCUGAAUGUAAGACCCACAGUGAAUUAGUUUGCAAGAAAAAGCUGAACAGUAUAGAAAAUAAUUUGCCUAGCUGUCCUUGUCCUUCACCCCUCUCUUUGCUAAAUGCAGAUCCCCAAAAAAAACGUGGAACAAGCUGGAAAGCCCCCAUGUCUGCCAGUCCUUUUGCUUCCAAUAGCCUCAUCUUUGAGGAGACUCUUGUUGACCCUCCCACUGUUGAGAAUUCAGAAAGCAGCAGCCUUGUAGAAGUAGAUGGAGAUUCUCCAGAUCUCUUGGUGACUGCGUGUGAGUACAAAAGGGAGGACAUGAGCCAGUUGGCUUCCCCUUUGAAACUGCGGCCAAAGCAGGACAUUGGGCAUGGUGGGGAGAGGACCUCUGGGAACAGCACAGCUGUUGAGCUCCGUGCUGCUGCCCUGGACUGCUCGGGGAACUUCAGGACUGCAGGGACUCGGCUCCCUUUUCCCAUGUGUGAAAAUGUUGGCUUUUUGUAUCAUCAUCGUUCAGAUGAGCAGAAAAAUGUAAUGUGUCCCCCCAAGAGGUCCCAGCUCAACCUACACUCACCGGUGCUCAAAAAUGCUUUGGCCUUCCCAUCUCCUCCAGCCAUGAAGCAAACUAGCCCUUGCAAAUCCAAGAGCCUUGGUGACUUGACAUCAGAGGACAUUUCCUGCAACUUUGAAAGUAAGUAUCAAUACAUAAGCAGAGGCUUCAUCUCCUCAGGCAUGAGAGACAAGAAACUGGCCGCGAUGAAGAAUCUGCGGCCCCAUUCGACGGAUGCUCUGACGGAGCAGCUGAGGAAGCUGGUGUCCCUGGAGCAGGAGGACAGCUGUGUCACCCUCUGCUCCAGGCAGGAGGACGAGGACUGCCCCAGGACGCUGGUCAGAAAGCUCUCAUCCCGCAGCCAGAGCCGCGUGCGGAACAUCGCCAGCCGGGCACGGGAGCGGCAGGAGGCUGCCAGCAAGCACCGGCCUCCCGGCACGGGCAGCCUGGCGGGGGUCGUCCUCCGGAACAAGCCUUCAGCAUCUCCUCACAUCAUCAACAGGCAUUCCACGGGCUCCUACAUCAGCAGGUACCUGAACGGCUUCCCUGGGGGGGAAGUGGAGGGCCGAGGGAUCCCGGAGGGCGCCUGUGCCGCUUUGCACUACGGCUGCGGCGACCGACUGCACACACACGAGUCUGUCCUGCAGCUGGAGCCCAGCAGUGAUGCUCAUCAGUGGAAUAUUUAA